UGAGUCGUUUUUGUAAAUUUCCUAAAGUAUCAAAGUUGUGAUAACAGUGCUAUAAAUGUAGGUAUGUGUUGUGUGAUUUGUGAGCAUCGCGAUGUGGUACAUACUGGGAUUGUUAGCUCUCCUGGCGAGUGCUAGAGCCGGGCUAGUACCUCGGGUGCCUCGGGAUAUUCAUCUACAGUACCCUGUCUGCCGCCCGUCCUCCGUCCGAUGUACUGAAAAAUAUCAUUAUCACAACGAAAACGUGUAUAAAGUGAAUGGUCAUGAGCUAAUCAUAGACUUUCUGGAUGGAAGUUAUUUUAAGCUGCGGUGCAACAGCGAUAGCAAAUAUUCCUCGAUGUUAUUGGAUGACCCCGAAAUGCCUGCUUUCUCAUGGCCAGUGACAGUAGAGGUCGCAGUAUUUAACCAGUGCCUGAUUCCUCAAGAUACAUACUACGCUGCUCUGAAAGCGUUUAAUAUCACUGUUACGAAAAUACUAAGGCUGAGGUUGCCCGCAGAUUCUAAGCUGGACGUCCAUCACUUAAGGGGUCUGGAAAUAACCAACCUCGAGAUUAGUGCUGUACAUUCUUUAAAACCGCCGCGCCCUUCUUUUGACUUCCUAGAUGAGGUACCAGGGCUGCGGAUACUUAAACUUACUGAUAUUGUUCCGGAACCUGAAGCAUUUAACCGAUUACCGACUUCGCUUGAGAUCUUAAACAUUAUAAAUGCGAGGUUGCUUGCUGCAGAGCGCGUGCUUCAGAACCACAAAAACAAUACCCGACAUUGGCUCGAGCGCCUACACUCACUGCAAUCUCUACUUCUAUCAGACUCCUCAGCAAUUGUAGCUGAGUAUCCAGGCGAAAUAUUUACUUUGCCGCAACUAUCCUCGCUGAGUAACCUGGUUAGCAUGAGUCUACAUUACAUGCCUUUGGAAUCAGAUAAACUUACUAAUUGGCUUAAAAACUCAACUCUAAAACAUCUUACACUGCAAUCCUGUGGAUUGAAAAUGCUUCCUAAAUCCAUGUUUGAGGGAGCACAUCUUACUAAAAUUACGGUGGCCUACAACCAACUUACAUCUUUACCAUUAGGGCUAUUCACUCCGCUGAAGGACAGCUUGCGAGAGCUUGACUUGUCACGCAACAAGCUGGACGGAGCGACGGUCGUGAACUCAGUGAAGCAGUUGGGGAAGCUGAUGACCUUGAAGGCCAAUAAUAACCCUUUGGGAUCGCUGUGUGGAGAUGCCAGUAUCGUUAAACUACCGAUAAAUUCAAAGUUGCCCUCUUCGCUGCGCUGGCUUGAACUAAAGAACACUGGCGCAACCCGCAUCUGCUCUGAUUGGAUCGAUAAUGAUGCACUUAUGGACAUCGACCUUAGUAACAACAAUAUUACUGAAAUCACGUACAGCGACUUGGAGAUGAUAAGAACUGUACGCGGCACUGUACGAAUCAACCUGAAAAAGAAUAAUUUGCGAAAAAUUGAUGUUUCGCGUAGUGAUCACCAACAAUGUGAACAACAAGCGAAGUCACCAAUUUCCGACGAUCCUAGUGUUAAAACGGGCGUACAGGUCGAACUUGACCUUGAUAAGUUGCCGUGUGAUUGCAAUGCGUACUGGCUACGUGAAGUUCUGCGCAGCUGUUCACUUCUAAAGUUAAAAGACGACGUCGAAUGUUUGCCAUAUCCCACACUGCUUCAUAGCAAACUACUACAAUAUCUUCCUGACGAAAUUUCCUGUCCGUACACCGGCGGUGACUGCUUACCAGGUAAUCAAUUGUUUUGGUGA